AUGUCUGCCCAGAACUCUGCAGGCAUCCAGACGCUCCUCGAUGUACGGCCUGCCCUCCUGCUCAUCCAAGAUGCAGUGCUAAUCUAUCCGUGGGCACGACCGGACGGGGUAUUAAACGAUGGGUUAGUCCGCACCAAGCGCAUCCGCGAGGCUCGUGACGAAGCGAAGAAGGAGAUUGCAGAUUACAAAGCUUCCAAAGAGGAGGAGUUUAAGAAAUUCGAGGCCGAAGUACGUUUUUUUCUUAAUCCUGGCUGGGAGGAGCGCGAGAAAGCUGACAGACCGGGGGGUGCGCAGCACAGCAGGGGAAACCAGCAGGCUGAGGAGGAGGCGUCCAAGGUGGCCGACAAGGAGAUCCAGAUUAUCAGGGAGGCCGGGUCGAAGGGACAGGCGGGCGUGGUGAAGAACCUCCUUAGCGCGGUGUUUGACGUGAAGCCCGUGGCGCCAGAGAAGGAGUAG